AUUUUCAUACCAUUAGUGAAAAUGCAUCUGAAAACAUAUCUCCUUCUCCUCAUCCUCCUUAUCUUCCCCGGCACCAUUUACGGCCGUUUAAUAUCCGAUGGAGUUCAUACCGGGAUCGGUCGUGACUCAGAUAUUGUCCGGCUCGACUGGAAUAAUUUUGCCGGUGCCGUGGAAGAGAGUUGUAAACAGAGUUAUGGAUUUCUGCCUUGUACUAAUACUGCUUUUGGAAAUGCUUUUCUUAUUUUGGUUUAUGGUUAUCUUAUGUUCCUUGGUGCUAUGUAUCUGUCUGCUGGUAGUGAACUCUUGCUUGAGAUUUUAGGACCUGGUCUUAUUGGUGGACUAUUUCUUCCUGUGCUUGGUGCUCUUCCUGAUGCUAUGCUCAUUUUCGUAUCAGGGAUAUCUGGAGGUUCUGCAGCUGCUCAGAGCCAGGUUUCUGUAGGAAUGGGCUUGCUAGCUGGGUCAACUGUGAUGCUUAUUACUGUUAUUUGGGGAAUCUGUUGCAUUGUUGGCAAGUGCGACAUACAAAAUUCUACUGCUGUAGACUCGAAAGACACUAAAAUAUUCAGCUUGACGGGUUCUGGUGUUAGUACUGACGUCUGGACAAGCCAUGCUGCAACGAUAAUGGCCGUGUCUGUAACUCCAUUUCUUGUUGUCCAAUUGCCACAGCUCCUCAGUUCAACUUCAGCAAGACAUUUAUCUGUCUUGAUUGCUCUAAUCGUUUCACUGACACUGCUUGUUUCUUAUUGUCUCUAUCAGGUCUUUCAGCCUUGGAUACAGAGUAGACGACUUGAUUUUGUAAAACAGAAGCAUGUUAUAUCAGGAGUUUUGAAACAUUUAACAAAACAUGCAUUGGGGAGGCUUUGUACAGACGAGGGAGAACCAAAUAUAGACGUUUUGGAGAAGCUAUUCAAGGCGAUUGACGAAGAUGAUGAUGGUUAUCUUUCCCACUCUGAAUUAAGAGCUCUGGUAGUAGGAAUCCGUCUUGAUGAGAUAAACCAAAUUGAGAAGGAUGCUGUGGAAAAACUGAUGAAAGACUUCGAUACUUCUCAUGAUAACCAAAUUGAACUGUCUGAGUUCACUGCUGGAGUUGCAAAAUGGCUUAAUGAGGCCAGAGGUUCCAAGGCUCCUUCUCUUGAAACUGGUCCUUCUGAUACAAUGAAGUGUCUCACUGAUUUGCAUGAGGAAACAAGGAGAGAACACCAUUUCUUAGGGGAUCAAGGUGACGGAGGUGUUGAAGAUGUUGAAAAUCCCAGAUCAAUUGCAAUUAAGGCUGUUCUAUUGCUGUUGCUGGGCACCGUCAUUGCUGCCGUGUUUGCUGAUCCCCUGGUUGAUGCUGUCAAUAAUUUCUCCAGUGCCACCAGCAUUCCUUCUUUCUUCAUCUCAUUCAUAGCGCUGCCACUGGCAACCAACUCCAGUGAGGCAGUGUCAGCUAUUGUCUUUGCUAGCCGGAAAAAGUUGAGAUCUGCAUCAUUAACAUUUUCUGAGUUGUACGGAUCAGUGACUAUGAACAAUCUCCUUUGUCUAUCCGUCUUCCUGUCUCUCGUCUAUGCCAGAGGAUUGUCAUGGGACUUCUCAUCAGAAGUGCUGGUUAUUCUGAUUGUUUGUGUUGUUGUGGGGGUCUUUGCAAGUGUUCGUAGCACCUUUCCCCUUUGGACUUCUUUGCUAGCUUUUCUACUUUAUCCCUUGUCUCUUGUACUUGUAUAUGUUCUCGACUACAAAUGUGGUUGGACUUAGACCCUUUUGGUUGAAUUUGUAUUUUGAGCUACGCCGCACUUAAGUUGCUCUUGGACAUGCUAAAACGUCAUUAACUUAAAAGCUGAGGCUAUUUUGUUGUAUCUGUACCUUUACUUUCCCUCUUGUAAUAAACCAUCUCACUAUUAUUAAGUUGACCGCUUCUGCAUA